AUGAACACAGCCCGGCCGCGGCGCCCAGCUGCGCGGGCCGACUUCGAGAUUGCCGUCAUCUGCGCUCUCCCAAUCGAAGCCGAUGCCGUCGACGCCCUCUUCGAUCACCACUGGGACGAUGACGGGGCGCCCUACGACAAAGCCGGGGGCGAUCCCAACGCAUACUCCACCGGCGCCAUCGGCCGCCACAACGUCGUCCUCGCACACAUGCCAGGCAUGGGCAAAGCCAGCGCCGCGGCCGUCGCCGCCAACUGCCGCGCGAGUUUCCCCAACAUCAAGCUGGCCCUCGUCGUUGGCGUUUGCGGUGUCGUUCCCUUUCGUCCUGGCGGCAGCGGCGGGACGGCCGAGACCGUGCUAGGCGACGUCAUCGUCAGCGAUGGUGUCGUGCAGUACGACCUCGGACGGCGACUGCCCGAACAGUUCGUGCCGAAGGACACGCUUCUGGACACCCUGGGCAGGCCGAACACCGAGAUCCGCGCGCUGCUUGCCAAGCUCAGGGGCCUUCGUAGCCGGAAGAUGCUGCAAGCUAAGAUGGCCGGCUACAUGGACGUGCUCCGGGGCGAGCCGGAGCUGGCGGCCGCGUACCCCGGUGCUGCGCAAGACAAGCUGUUUGAGGCGACGUAUCGCCAUGUGAGGGACGGGAUGUCGUGCGAGGAGUGCGGUUGCGACGGCAAGCUGGUGCCGCGUGCCCGCCUCGAGCAGGGCGAUGGACAGCCUGCGGUUCACUUUGGCCUGAUUGCGUCGGGCGACACGGUCAUGAAGUCGGGCAAGGACCGUGAUGACAUUGCACGAGAGGCGGGUGUUGUAGGGUUUGAGAUGGAGAGCGCCGGUGUUUGGGAUAUAUUCCCUUGUGUGGUAAUUAAGGGUGCGUGCGACUACGCGGACAGCCACAAGACUAAGGCGUGGCAGCGGUACGCGGCGGCGACGGCGGCGGCAUGUAUGAAGGCAUUCUUGAGCUACUGGGUGCCCUCGCUGCCUGAGCACCUGCUAAUGCCAUAUCGGCUAGCAACUGCCAAACCUGCUACAGACCGUGCCGCACUCCCUUGCCACUACAUUCCGCUCCCCGAGAAUCGGCGCUUUGUCGGACGGAAAGAAACGCUAGACACUCUCAAAGAGAUGCUCUUCGUGCGCAAGGAGUGCCGGAAAGCCGCCAUUGUCGGCCUUGGCGGUGUCGGCAAGACCCAGGUCGCCCUCCAGCUGGCGUACUGGACAAAGAAACACCGGCCCGAGUUCUCGAUCUUCUGGGUACCUGCCUUGAGCAAGGCGACACUUGAACAGGCCUUCACCGCGAUGGCCAGGAAUCUCCCCAUCCAAAGUGGCGGCGAUGACGAUGAUCUGAAGGUGUCCGUGCGACGGUACCUAAGCUCCGAGGCCGCCGGGCCAUGGCUUCUUGUGGUGGACAAUGCAGAUGACAGAGAUAUUCUCUUUGGCUCUGCAGAUAUGCCGGGCGGCAUCAGCGACUACCUUCCUGAGAGCGACAAUGGCCUCACCCUGUUUACGACACGGUCUCGAGAAGUAGCCGUGUCGGUUACCGGAAGCGAUGUGAUCGAGCUGAACGCGAUGGACCAACCUGAGGCGGCUGUUUUUCUAGAGAAGUCGCUGAUUCAGAAGGAUAUGCUCCGCGAUGAAGGGGCGACGGCAGAGCUGCUGAAGGAGCUUACCUACCUUCCCCUAGCGAUUUCACAGGCGGCGGCCUAUAUCAACAUCAAACAGGUGUCCCUUGCCGAGUACGUCAAGCUGCUCCACGGCACUCAGCAGGACAUCGUCAGCCUGAUGAGCAAAGAGUUUCGGGACAAUACUCGAUACGCAGGGUCGCAGAAUGCGGUGGCGACAACCUGGCUUGUAUCGUUCGACCAGAUCCGCAAGUCCGACAACGCUGCUGCCGAUCUGCUCUCGUUUAUAUCGUGCAUCGAGCCCAAAGGAAUACCUCAGUCGCUGUUUCCCGACUCCGAGUCGACAGCACAGCUAGUCGAUGCGAUCGGGACGUUAUGCUCGUAUGCCUUCCUGACCAGGCGGGAGGACAGCAACGUAUUCGACAUGCACGGUCUGGUACACUUAGCAACGCGAAUCUGGGUUCAGCGAGAAGGCCUGACGGCAACGACGGGUAAAAAGGCGAUUCGACAUAUUGCAACGGUUUUCCCAUCUGACGACUAUGCGAAUCGCAACGUGUGGAGAGAGUACCUUCCGCAUGCUUUCAGGGUAUUGCAGCAGAGCAAAGAGCUCGAUAUAGAGGAGAGAUCCGAUCUGUUGUUCUGGGUUGGACAGUGUUUGACAGUAGAUGGACGGAUCAAAGAAGCUGCUAGGAACCACCCCUCGCGGCUCGCGUCGCAGCACGAGCUCGCAGGAGCCUACCGAGCCAACGGCCAGGUCAAAGAGGCCGUCGCACUGCUCGAGCAGGUCGUCGCUAUUAAGGCCAAAACCCUCGCCGAAGACCACCCCUCGCGGCUGGCGUCGCAGCAGUGGCUCGAAUACAUAUUGGAAGCAGCAGAUCAAGAUGAGCUAGACUAUAAUGUUAGUGGAAGUCAUUAA